AAAUAAUUGAAAGUAAUCAUUCCGUGUUCCGAACUUAUAAGAAAAUGUUUUUAUUUCUUAUUAUAAUAUUAGUUCUAUUAAUAGGAUAUCAAAUUUAUGAAUUUGUCACCCGUACAACUCUACAUAAACCACCUUGUAUUCCGCGGUUACCAAUAGUAGGAUCUUAUUGGUAUUUAUUAUGGUAUAAUUAUGAAUUUCCUUUUAAAGCUAUGACAUAUUAUACAAAUAAGUUGAAAUCUAAAGUCCUGACAUGUUAUUUUGGUGGUUUUAUGACUGUUAUUGUGAAUGAUUAUAACAGUAUUAAAGAAGUUCUGAUAAAUAAUGAUUUCAAUGGAAGAUUAUCCACCGUAGAUGUUGUCUUAGCAAGAGCAUUUGGACAAUCAUUAGGAAUCUUUUUCACCGAAGGUUCAUAUUGGCAAGAGCAAAGAAGAUUUAUUCUUCGACAUAUGAGAGAUUUUGGAUUUGGUAGAAGACAUGAGAAAAUUGAAGCAGACACGAUGGAAGAAAUUGCAAUUCUUAUCGAUAUGUUAAAAAAAGGUCCCAUUAACGAUACGGAAAAGUCAUUUCUAAAAAAUGGUUCUGCACGGUUUCCGGAUGUUUUAUAUCCACAUGUUGCAAAUGCUAUAUGGAAUAUAAUGUUUGGCGAAAGAUUCGAUCGUUCAGAAUAUUAUAAACUGAAAUAUCUUUGUGAAUCUGCUAUGAUGUUUCAAAGAGCAGCUGACACUACGGGUGGAGCAAUUUUUCAAUUCUGGUUCUUGAAAUAUUUCGGAAAUAUGUUUGGAUACAAAAAUAUGAUGAUAGGAAAUUAUCGUAUGGUAGAUUUCAUUAAGGCACAUUUAGAGAAAAGGAAACAUUCAAAUUAUGAUGACGAUAAUGGCUUAGUAGAUCGAUAUUUAAAAGUUUUGAAAGGAGAUAUGAAGAAAAAAUCUUUCUCCGAGAAACAACUUAUUAUGAGCCUUGUGGAUUUCAUGUUCCCAGCUAUAUCUGCACUACCAAGUGCUGUUGUACACGCAAUUAAGCUUGUAAUGCAUCAUCCAAAAGUAAUGAAAAAUGUACAAAAGGAAAUAGAUAGAGUGAUUGGAACCGAAAGAUUAGUUACAUGGGAAGAUAGAAAAAGUUUGCCAUAUAUCGAAGCAACAAUACGUGAAUCACUCAGAUAUGUAACUUUGACACCAUUCGGUGUAUUUCAUAAAACAACAAAGGAAACUACUCUUUCUGGUUUUCAUCUUGCCAAGGAUACAAUAGUUGUCACCAAUUUAUCAGGAUUAAAUACAGAUGUCGAUUUAUGGGGUGAUCCUGAUAAUUUUAGGCCUGAAAGAUUUCUCAAUGAAAAUGGCCAAUUGUGUAAAGACUUCACAUUUCCUUUUGGAUUUGGACAUCGUGUGUGCGCAGGUGAAACUUACGCAAGAUACAAUAUGUUCCAAAUAUUCGCUACAUUGAUGCAAAAUUUUAACUUCUCCUUUAUAGAGGGUGAACCGAAUAGUCUUGAAGACAUAAUGUCAGGUUUAAUCAUUACUCCAAAAGAAACGUGGAUUCGAGUGGAACCACGUUAUACCUAAUCGACAUAAAUAAUCUUAUAUCAAUGUUUAUUUUUAUAUAAUUAAAUAGAUAUUUUUUAACUAAAAAUAUCACACUAAUAUUUUUUGUAUAUCUAAUCGUUUUAUUGAAACAAUUUUUAUUCUAAUUUAAUAACAAUAAUAACUACGAAACUAAGUAUCCAGAUUACAAAUAAAAUAUCAUAUACAAUUUGUAUACUAUAAAUUUAUUUCAUAAUUUGGAAUAAUCAAAAACAAAAAUUACAUUGCAUUGAAUAAACGUAAUUAAUAUACAAAGAUUUCCAUUAAGAGUUAACUACAAACAAGUAUCAUUGGUUAUACUAUGUUUUCAAUUUUUUUUUAGAAUAUUCAGUGCCUAUAAAAUAAAAACUUUAUAUACAGAUAUUUGCGAGUCUGGAGAAGAUAGGGAAGAUAUGUUUAAUCUUAUGUGCCGUAAAAAUUAAGAGCUUACUUAAAUAUAUACAUUUUAAUGUUUAUCUUCCCAAA